AUGGGCUCUAUUGCGGCUGAGCAAAAUGUUGAGGUCCUGGUGAUUGGAGCCGGGAUUUCAGGCAUCUAUAUGCUAUACAAGCUACGGGAGCUGAACAUCUCUGCAAGAGUACUUGAGGCUGGCAGUGGUGCAGGCGGGACAUGGUAUUGGAAUCGAUACCCUGGGGCACGUUUUGAUUCCGAGAGCUGGACGUAUUGCUAUUCGUUUUCUAAAGAUCUCUUGAAUGAAUGGGACUGGAAGGAGCAUUUUGCUCCACAGGCCGAAACAGAGAGCUAUCUCAACUUUGUGGUCGACAAAUUCAACCUUCGCGAGGGUAUUCAAUUCCAAAGUCGCGUUAGCUCGGCACACUACGACUACUCUCAUAACCAGUGGAAAGUAACGACCGAGUCAGGUGAAGUAUUCAACACGCAUUUUCUCGUCACUGCUAUUGGGUCGCUGACCAACCCGGUCUUGCCACGUAUUCCGGGAAUAACUAAAUUUAAAGGGACUUGGACUCAUACUGGACUAUGGCCCAAGGAAGGCAUCGACUAUGCCGGAAAGCGAGUUGCAGUUGUAGGUACAGGUGCCACCGGCAUACAGACCAUUCAAGAGGUAGCCAAGUCGGCGGGCACUUUGACAGUCUUUCAGCGCCGACCAAAUUGGUGUUCUCCAUUGGGAAACCGAAAGAUCGACGCCAAAGAAAUGGAAAGCAUUCGAGCCCGUUACGAUGAGAUAUUCUCCAUCUGCAAAACGACCCCGGGAUGCUUUGUUCAUCAAUUUGAUUCACGAAGCGUCUUUGACGUUUCCCCGGAGGAGCGGGAAGCAUUCUGGGAGAAGCACUAUUAUGAGCCUGGAUUUGGCCUGUGGAUGGGUAACUUCCGUGAUGUGUACACCGACAAAAAGGCAAAUGCCCUCCUGAGCGAAUAUGUUGCCAAGAAGGUCCGGGAGCGUGUGAAAGACCCAAAAGUAGCCGACAAACUUAUUCCGACAGAUCACGGGUUUGGCACACGCCGGGUUCCACUCGAAACGCAAUACCUAGAAGUAUACAACCAGGGCAACGUGGAGUUGGUGGACCUGAAUGAGGAGUCCAUCGAGCGCGUCACGGAGAAGGGAAUCAAAACAUCGAAGCAAGAGCGAGAGUUCGACGUCAUUAUCUACGCCACUGGAUUCGACCCUGUGACCGGAAGCUUCAAUGCCAUUGAUAUCGUCGGGGUUGACGGGCAGCGGCUGAAGGAACUAUGGGCUCCGGGGCCAAAGACACAACUGGGGUUCUUGGUCUCAGGAUUUCCAAAUAUGCUAAUGGCCAUGGGUCCGCACUCGGCUCUUGGUAAUUUCCCCCGGAGCAUUGAGUAUAGCGUCGAAUGGAUCGCAAAUCUCCUUGGAUAUGCGCGCGACAAUGGUAUCUCUGUUAUCGAGGCAACAGAAAAAGGCCAGAAAGAAUGGACAGACCAUGUCAGAACUUGCAGUGAAGGGCUGUUGGUCAACGAUGUCGAUUCCUGGAUUACUGGUGUCAACAGCAACGUCGAUGGGAAGAAAACGCGAACCUUGGUCAUCUUCAACGGCAGUGCCGUAGACUACCGAGCCCGCUGUGACAAGGUGGCUAGAGAUCAAUACAAGGAAUUGUCGCUAAAAAUAUAG